CAGCAUAGAGCCCCAGAGCAACCAGCCCCUCAGCCCCAGACAGAGCCUGUCCAGUGUGCUGCACUAGUCCUGAGACCCACCAGCUCAGGGAAGUAGUCCAGCCACCAGAGACAGUUCUCAGAAUCACACAGACCUAGGAGAAUGACUUUACUGCUCUAGUUCUACUGUUCAAGUUCAACUGUUCUAGUCGUAUACCAGGCUCAGUCUGUGAGCUAGUCCGGAGCUGGUUGAUAUUUACACUGAAAUUCUCCAGUACUGUAGUCCAGUGGCUCACCUUAGUCCUCCUCUUAGUCCUCCUCUUAGUCCUCCUCUUAGUCCUGAACUGAGAUCCUUUAGUGGAGCACCUGAGCAGAUCUACACAGUCACGUGUAUCAGCUACAACCAUGCAGCUUUCACACACCUUCCUCCUCUUCCUCCUCUUCAUCGUUGGGAUGGCGCUGGCCAGCUCGUCCACGGCUCGGAGAAGCAGAGUGAGACGUCAGAACAUGAAGGUGAGGAUCAACGCUACAGGCGACACCAUCGUGAUGAAGUUUGUACGUCCCAACGCUGACACCAAGCUGGAGGGCUACAUCCUGGGCUACGGCAGCAGCAUGUUCUCUAAACAGUUCAUCCAACUCCCAGAGAACGGACUGCCCUACGAGACCGAGAUCGAUGCCGAGCCCAAGUACCUGAUUGCUAUCCAGCCCGUCCCAGUAAACAAUGUGAAGAAACCGUGCGCAGGCAAGGUGAACCUGGAGAAGCCACUGCACCUGGUGAUUGGGUCCGUGACCCCCACCUCGGUACUGCUGUCCUGGGGGACCUUCCUCAAGAUGCCCUACGAGGGGGACAUCAUGAACGACUGCCUGGAGGACGGGCACUACACAGUGCGUUACCGUGAGAGGAACAGGAAGUGGACUCAACAGACCUGCCCCUCCAGCGACAUGGUCAUCGAUAACCUGAAGCCCAACACGGCCUACGAGUUUGGCGUCCGACCCAACAACGAAGAACGCAGUGGAGUGUGGAGCAAGCCAGUUAUCCACAACACCAACAUGGCUGGUAAGGCCAUGCAGAAACCUUUCAGACCAAGGACCCCUCUGACGCCUGUGAAAACGGACAACAUGCCACUGUCCUUCUUCCCUCCUCGUCACGCUGUCCAUAACAAGAGCCAGGGCAGAACCCUCUUCAGGACCCCUAUGGCUCCAAGGACCACCUUCGGACGAGCAGACCAGAUCAAAUCUGCCUCCUCUCUCUCUGUGGACAUCACCCGUGCCGCCCCCACCAUCCCCUGUGCCUCCCCAACCGUCCCCCGUGCCUCCCCAACUGUCUUACCCUCCCCCACCCUACCCCAUGCCUCCCCCAGCUUCUGCCCUCCCCCACCCUUCCCCUGGCCUCUCCCGGCCCCUGCGCAUAACCCCCAUCGUAACACCAGACCCCAACAGGCCAGACCCCAAGAAGCCAGACCCAAGCCUGAGCCUCAGGCCCAGCCCCAACAGGCCCGACCCCAACAGGCCAGACCCCAACAAGCCAGACCCCAGCCUGAGCCUCAGGCCCAGCCCCAACAGGUCAGACCCCAACAGGUCAGACCCCAAAAGGCCAGACCCCAGCCCGAGACUCAGGCCCAGCCUCAGGCCCAGCCCCAACAGGCCAGACCCCAACAGGUCCAGCCUCAGGCCAAGCCUCAGGCCCAACCUCAGGCCCAACCUCAGGCCCAGCCCCAACAGGCCAGACCCCAACAGGCCAGACCCCAACAGGUCAGACCCCAACAGGUCAGACCCCAACAGGCCAGACCCCAGCCUGAGACUCAGGCCCAGCCUCAGGCCCAGCCCCAACAGGCCAAACCCCAACAGGUCCAGCCUCAGGCCAAGCCUCAGGCCCAACCUCAGGCCCAGCCCCAACAGGCCAGACCCCAACAGGCCAGACCCCAACAGGCCAGACCCCAGCCAGAGCCUCAGGCCCAGCCCCAACAGCCUACUAAGGUCACCCAGAACCUACAGACCCCCACGGCUCCCAGCCAAUAUCAGGUGGGACAACCUCUACCAAGACCCGCCCUCGCCACUGAGAGGGCAAAUAGUAACACCCGGGGUACCAGCUUCCUGAGACCUUUGACCCCCACCGAUCCUCGCUCUCCUAUAGGCUCUGCCAUUGCCACGGCAGCCAGGAACACAACAUUGCCUCGUGGUCGCGUAGCUCUCUACUCCACCCCUAAUGGCAUCAGACCUCUCUCUCUACCCAGGAACAAAAACAUCACCUCCCCCCUCACCUCCGUCUCGAGUGAGGCCGACGGGGAGCAGCACAAGGGUCUUGCUAUUCCCAAACCUGCAGUCUGGUCCGGAAACCGACUGGGCUCCCCUGCAGUCCUGCGUCCCUCUCUUCCUGUCAACAAGAGGCCCAACCUGGUGGGGAAAACAGGGAACAAGGAUAAGCCUAUAGACCUGAAGCAGGGAGACAAGGCAUCCAUCUUGAAGUCCUUCCCUCUGGUUACGACUAAGCCCUCCAAACAAAAGACCACAACCAUCUCCCCGGCCUUGAACGCCACUCGUAAUGAGCCAGGUGACAACUCUUCUGUGUUCAGCUCUCUGCCUGCUUCGGAAGUGGACGCCUUGGGCAAGAAGCGCUUCGUAGCCCCUCAUGUGCUCUAUAAGACGGACAAGAAGCCAGACGAGCCGUGUUCCAUAACACACUCCCUCAGCUUCUUCCCAGAGGAGGAGGGGGUGGAGCAGAACGUCACCGCACCCCCCCGCUUGUCCCCCUCCAAUGUCACCGUGGUGACCGUGGAGGGAUGCCCCUCCUUCAUCAUCCUGGACUGGGAGAAGACUGACAACGACACCACAGAGUAUGAGGUCAUUUCAAGGACCCAAGGACCCAAUGGAGAAGAGGUGUCCAUCCUGACUACCAACCAGACUCACACUGCUGUGGAGAAUUUAAAACCAGAGAGCAGUUACGAGUUCAAAGUAAAACCCAAGAAUGAGCUUGGGGAAGGGCCUGCCAGUGAGGCGGUGUCAUUCAACACAGAGUCAGCGGACCCUCGGGUGAGUGAGAAUGUCUCAGGUAAAGCUGCUAUAUGGACACAGUUCCCCUUCAAGGCAGAUUCCUACUCGGAGUGUAACGGGAAGCAGUACGUGAAGAGGACCUGGUACCGCAAGUUUGUGGGCAUCCAGCUAUGCAACUCCCUUAGAUACAAGAUCUACAUGAGCGACUCACUCACCGGCAAGUUCUACAACAUCGGGGACCAAACUGGUCAUGGGGAGGACCACUGCCAGUUUGUAGAUUCUUUCCUGGACGGACGAACAGGCAGCCAGCUACUGGCCGACCAGCUUCCCAGCCGAUCAGGUUUCUACCGGGCUAUGCGUCAGGAACCGGUCAACUUCGGCCAGAUCGGAGGGAACUCGCAUGCCACCUAUGUCGGCUGGUACGAGUGCGGAACACCCAUACCUGGGAAAUGGUAAGACCCUCCACCAAGGAGGUGGCCAGAAAGAUGCCUGACUGAAAGAGGGAUUAUUUUACCAGGCUGAAAGGAGGACUGAGGAAGCCUGAGGGGAGGUGGGCUUCUCUGUUACCGUGGAGAUGCACCUUUCUGACUAUCUAUUUGUCAGAUGGCAACAGCCCACAUUCCAUUGUAUAAAAGUGUACAGGACCAUACUUGUCACGAACUCUGUUAGGCACAUUUGUCAUAUCUCCUUAAAUCUCAUCUCACUAUUUAUCAAUCACGACAACAUGAGAAAAUACUCAAUAUGUAAACAAGGAAGAGAAGUUGGUAAAAUGUUUUUCAGAGUGCUUCAUUAAAUAUGAACACCGGAAACUGUUGGGAAGCUGGCUCCCUAAAAAUGUAAUAAUGUGUAUGGUUUUAUUUAUCAAGCAGUUGUUAUUCAUGUACCUUGUGGUUUCUAUUGGCCAGUCUGUUAAAAGGGUUGCUACAAAAGCAUUAGUUUUCACUCAUACAGAUACUGUCUAUACUCAAUACCCUUUCUUGAUUGGUCCUGUGGGAUUAACAGUUGCGGUUUGCACAAUAUGAAAGUAUUAAAUAUGUAUAUGAUGUGAAAGAACAAUAUUUCUGAACUACUAUCAAGUCUCAACAUUAAGUUUACAAAGCAAGGCGGUUCCACGGACUAGAAGUGUGUUAAUCACUUGGAAAAACACCUGAAUGGGUUCUUUAGCCAAUGAAUAUCCAAAUAUUAAGUAUAGAUAAAAUCAGAUACUGGGAUUCACUCAGUUGGAAUGAACAGCAUAAGGAUAGGCUUUGUUCUUUCAUCUUCAAUUUUCUAACUUCAACUCAUCUCAAUUUGGAGAAUGAUUGCCAGGAAUCCGUUAUGUGGUCCUAAACUCAUUGCAAGUGACCACAAUUGUCCACCUCUGGGGCGUGUUCAGUGGGGUGCACCAUUGCAGAAUGUUCAGAUGGAACGUAUUGGGUUUGUAGGAUGAGGAAUUGUGUCAGUUCUAUACGUUACAUUUCUACCUACAACAUUCAGAACAUUUCCCCUCACUGACAAAACUCUUUUGUUUUUAGCCUUGGAAUGUUUUCUAUAGUUUUGUUAGCACAACCUGUUCGUCUGAGUUUAAAUAUUAUAUAACAUGUACAUAAAGGCUUCUUUUAGUGUGGAAACAACCAAACAAAGAUUACAUUUAACAUUUUGUACAGUUGCUCACAAAUGGCUGCAGUUGUAUUUUCAACCCAAUUUUUGGGGAAAAGUGUUUAUAGAUUGUUCCAGAUAUGUACAACCAUUUCUGUAUCUAUUUUCAACAAUAAAUCCUUAAGUAUG